CACCGUAUUAGCGAUUGCCCUUUUUCGGCGAAUAACGUUAGAAUUUCUCCGCUUCGCUCUUCUUCGGCUUUCUUCUUCGUCUCUCUUUUCAUCUUCCACGAUCUGUUAUUUCUUCUAAGAUUAUAUUAGAUUAGAUUAGAAGGAGAGAGUAUUGAUUUCUCUCUAUAUCUAUCUCUAUAUCUGUAUAGUUAGUAUAUCACUGUAAUUGGAUUCGUCUAAAAUGAAGUCGUCUUUUGGGAAGCUGCGAAAAUUUGCACUCCACAAAGGCGAUGCCAAGCAAAAGAAAGAGUAUCAAGGUUCCACGAUUUACGAUGAGCUCGUUCAAGCUUCCGAGGAUAUGCAAAGCAUGAGAAAUUGUUACGAUAGCUUACUUUCUGCAGCUGCUGCCACAGCAAAUAGUGCAUAUGAAUUUUCGGAGUCAUUGAGGGAUAUGGGUGCCUGUCUAGGGGAGAAAACUGCAUUUGAUGAUGAUGAAGAAAGUGGCAGAGUAUUAUCAAUGCUGGGGAAAGUGCAGUUCGAGCUCCAGAAACUUGUUGAUAGCUAUCGCUCUCAUAUAAUCUCAACAAUUACAACCCCAUCAGAGUCUCUUCUCAAUGAACUUCGGACAGUGGAGGAGAUGAAAAGGCAGUGCGAUGAGAAAAGUCAAACAAUCUUCAGAAAUGUAUACAAAUACAUGAUGGCACAGCAGCGAGAAAAAGGAUGGUUAAAAAGCGGAAAAGGGGAAAGUUUUACUCAGCAGCAAUUACAAGCAGCGCGUGAUGAGUAUGAUGAUGAGGCAACUCUAUGCGUUUUUCGAUUGAAAUCUCUUAAGCAAGGGCAGUGCCACAGUCUCUUAACUCAGGCAGCUCGUCAUCAUGCAGCUCAGUUGAAUUUCUUCCGCAAGGGACUUCAAUAUCUUGAAGCAGUUGAGCCACACAUAAAACUGGUAACAGAAAAGCAGCACAUUGAUUACCAACUAAGUGGACUUGAUGACGGGGAAGGUGGGGAGGAUGAAGGUGUGAAUAGCUAUGGGACUACUGAUGACGGGGAAUUGAGUUUUGAUUAUAGACAAAAUAAGCAGGGGCUUGAUGCUGUUUCUAUAUCAAGGAAUUCAAUGGAGUUGGAUCAAAUGGACCAUUCAUGUACACAGGCUUCAACAGUGGAAAAUGCAGAGAUAAAUUUCGACAAAAACCAAGCGGAGCAGGUUUUCAUUCGGGAACCUCGAGUGGGCAGCUAUUCUGCCCCAAUAUUUCCAGAUAAGAAGUUUGAUCCUGCUGAAAGGAUUAGAGAACAACCAUCAACUGAACGGAAGUUUCACUCUUAUGUGCUACCCACUCCAGUUGAUUCAAAGAGUUCAAUUCCUUCAAGAACAAGUAGCUCCGCUCCCCGCUCAAGGCCCCAGAAUUUGUGGCAUUCUUCCCCGUUGGAACCUGCAAAACAUGAUAACUUAUCAGCAUCUACCAUAUCAAAGCCACAAUCGGUACUCAAAGAGAGCAACAAUAACAAUUCGUCCAUCCAACUGCCCCCUCCUUUGGCCGAGGGACUUUUACUUCCACAGUGUGAUACACAUAAUGUAUAUGAUACUAAAAAAUUCAAAAGACAAUCGUUCUCUGGUCCAUUAACAAGUAAACCAUUGUCAACCAAGCCUGUUUUGUCUGCCAGCGGCCCCAUUACCUCUACUGGACUUCCUCAACUGGUUUCUGGAUUGCCUUCUAGAGGAUCAGUUCCUUAUCCUGCUUUAUCUCCUAAGGUGUCCCCCACUGCUUCACCUCCCCCUGUAUCUUCGCCCAGAAUAAAUGAGCUCCAUGAGCUUCCUAGGCCCCCGUGUAGUUUAGCUUCCAAGCCAACAACUUCGUCUGGUUUGAUUGGGCACUCAGCCCCAUUAGUCUUCAGAAAUCAAGAGCUUUCUCCAACAAAUAGAAACCCUUCAGUAGCACUAAAUGUGGCAUCUCCACUUCCAGCUCCUCCAUUAACUGUUUGUCGAAGUUUCUCCAUACCCUCUAGCAAUCAGAGAGCAAUAGCAUUAAAUGUGGCCAAGCCAUUAGAAAUGCCUCAAAUUUCAGAAAAAACUGAAAAAGUGGCUUCUCCUCCACUGACGCCUAUUUCCCUUUCGAAUGUCAAGCCAUUAUCAAUUGUUUCGGAGGUCUCCUCUCACUCUGGGCAAAUCAGAGGUGGGAGCUGAUUUUCAUGUAAAUUUAAUGAAGCUGUAUUAUUUUGGUUGGAUUUUUUUCUGAUCAUCUUGAUGCUCUGGGUAAAGGUCUGUAAAUAUGAUUUUUCCAUGUAUUGUUUUGUUUUCCACCGAAUCCUUGUUCAUCACGGUCAUUAUUUACAAUGAGAAUUUAGGUCAUCACAAUUUUGUUGUUACAAUGAUCAUGGAUCGUAUCAUGUAUAUCUCUUAAGGAAUGAACGUUGCUUCAGUUUUUCUCCACUGAGGAAAUUGUGGAAGGAGGAGAUGUUACAAAUGAAUGGUUUUGCAUAUUCUUGGUUUAUAGUGCAAGGCAGAAUUGAUUUUAAAGUUUGGGCUUUGUUUGGAUAAAAUUUGGUAGCCAAAGGGCAAUAUUGUAGUGUUGGAACUUUAUGGCACCGUUGAUUCUUAUGAAGCUACUCUAAAAUAUAAUGUAUGGAUGGAUUCCUUUUGUGCGAA